UGCGCGGGGCCACCAGGGGCCGGAAGUGGAAGUGGAGACGGAAGCGGAAGCAUUGUCUAGGUGGGGAAUCCGUGAGCGAAUCUGGAGUAGUGCUAUGGAUGGGCCCGGACUUAGGGAGCCGAUGCUGGAUGCUAAAUCCGAGGUCACCAACCAGCUUAUAGAUUUUCAGUGGAAACUGGGUAUGGCUGUGAGCUCGGACAGUUGCAGAUCUCUUAAAUAUCCUUACGUUGCAGUGGUGCUAAAAGUGGCAGAUCAUUCAGGUCAAGUAAAGAACAAAUCUUUUGAAAUGACAAUUCCACAGUUUCAGGUUUGUAGAUUAAUUGAAUUUUAGUACAUUUUUCUAUAA